AUGUUCCAUCAUUUCUAAUGGGAAACAAGAAGAAAAAGGAACAAAACAAAGUGACACCAAAAGUUGUGGAAGUAGAGUUUAAAAUUUCAAUGUAUUGCGAGGGAUGUGAAAAACAAGUUGCCAAAGCCAUUUCCAAAAUCAAAGGGGUUGAAGAAUUCAUGACGGAUAUGAACAAACACAAGGUGGUAGUGAAGGGUCGAAUCAAUGCAGAUAAAAUGAUGAAGAAACUAAAGAAGAAAACUGGAAAGAGAGUAGAAAUGGUGACUAAAAAAGAAGAGAAUAAGAAGAAGGGUGAAGAAAAAGAAGGAGAUUUGUCAUCAUUUGAAGCAAUUAAUUCAAGACAAGUUGCAGAUGCUUUGAUUAUUGAAUUUACUGGAGAUAGUAUGUUAUAUACCAUGUUUAGCGAUGAGAAUGCAAAUGCAUGUUCGAUUAUGUAAAUAUGUUCUAUUUGGACAAAACUAAUUUUUUCUCUAGACAUUAUUAGGGUUCAUUAUAUACACGAUCUCUUAAUUCUGUCCAGAAGGUUGACAUCACAAUUCACAUCACUCAUAAUUCGGAG